UUGUGGUGUUCGGAACAGAACGGCAGCGCCAGACGUUGAAGGUUUUAUUAGAAUUCUUGGGGGAAGAAUUGUUUUGUUUUGUAGUUUGAUUCGCCGGUUGGACGGAAGGGUUUAGGUGACAAUUUCCCCGAACCCUUUGAGUGUUCUUGGAUCAUCAGGUACAACAGAACACGUUGUCAGUGUGGUUUUUUCGUUUGUUUCUAUAUGCGUGGAACUAGGUGUUGUUGUGGGUGGCGAGUGACUAUUUUCCGCCCGGGACUCCCACGCGUGGAACUGUCGAAUCGCUCGUGAUUUUUGUUGUGUGUUCCGUAUGAUGAGGUCGGCUCGAAAAGGGCUCUGAGUUGCAGCUCUUUGACCUUUUACCUUCGACGCGAGUUGAUGCGCAUCAGGCACACGUGUUCGGCUAGGCUCAAGUGUGUGCGCGCGCGGGCGAUGCGACGAAUGUGCGGUUUUUCGUUGCGAUAAGACACAAACGUAGCCAAUUGUACUUUUUUCUGUUGUUGACGUUGUUGUUGAUUUUUUUGCCCCCGCCUCUGAUAGUGCCCGUGUUUAGUCGUUGUGGUUUCGCUAUAUUUACGAGUAGAAAUAUUUAUAAUGACAAUUAUUGCUGUCGUAACGAAUAUGGAUUAAGUCGUUCGUUUGUUGUAUUCUAUUCUGUCGGUAUACAAUACAGCACAACAUACCACAUCAGCAACGGCGACGCCGCCCGGUCAGACAAGUUCAGAGAACCAACCCCAAAGGUCUGCUGCUCCAAGUGUUUGCGGUCUAUGGGAGUGAAGAAAAAAUGAAUUAGAGGCAAAAAAAACGAGGAAAACAAAUAGUUGUGAACGAGUUCAAGUGAUUCCAACCACGAGGCGUUCUGUGUAGUUCUAUGUGUGUCUCUGGCUCGGCCAAGAAGAAUAUCGCUAUUAUAUUAUUAUUUGUCCUAACCCGGUGUGUGAGUGUCGGCUAAGCCUAUCUAUAGUUGUGUCGGCUUAAUGUGGAAGCACUAAACGCAGAGCGCGAGCAAAGGAAAAAACAGCUCGCUGUGUGACAUUUUGACUUAAGUCACUUGAAAUGUCAAACCAUUUAUAAGUUUAAAUGUUACAUCGGUUUCGAGUUUUCGAGUGAGCAUGCGAAAGGUGUACUGCACAUAUUCUUGAAAAUAUACACCUAGAGCAGAAUUCUAAACCCACAUGAACCUGAGAUGACGGUUUGUGAUGGCACUUUGGAAAGAUCAUCAAAAAGAAUCGAGCAAAAGUGCUACUGAAUAAGACCUAUCGCGACUAAAGGAGAGUGGUUGAGUGGGCAGAAGUUGAAAGGUGGAAAGCAACUGAAAUUAAUAUCACGUCGCUGCUGAUAUCGCACUUGCUGCAAUUUUUCAAAGUUCGGAGAUCAUUCAGCCAGUGUAUCGGUGAUUUUUUUCCCCGAAUCAACUACCAAUUCUGUCGCCUGCCCUCCCCCUACAAAUGGAUAUUGGAUACGUGACAUAUCCGGCGCGGUGAUUGAAAAAGGUGUGCUGGUGCUAGACCUGGACCGUAUAAAUGCAAAUAAAACAAUAACGUCCGAUUGACUGUCCUGGUCUGUCCAACAGCUGAAUUAUUUAACGUGGCGACGACGCGUCGGUGAUAAUAACAACUAAACAAAGCCAAACGAAAGUGCAAUACAUCUAUCAGCAGAACACGUGCUAGUGGAAACGAUUAACUUCCUCCCCCAGCGCAGCGAUUGUUCAUCAAGAAAGACAACGCCUAUAACCUUCCCAAAGUCUCACGAGCGCUACAGUAGGAAACUGAAAAGCGAAGAAAACUACUCAGUGAUAAAAGGUGUCGUCGUUUAUGUUUGAACAGUGAUAAAUACCUCCAGCUAAAGUAACUAAUAGUCUCAGUGCCGGUUGCAAAUAGAAAUAGUUGCUCUCCCUUUCUCCCUCCGAAGAUUCGGUUCUGAUUAGUGGCAGCAACUAAGUCACGUAGAUUACGACUCAAGUGAAACCCUUUGACAUGGUUUGGUGAGCGCGUGGCCUUCCCACGAAAAGUAUUUACUAGAGGAGGCCGAAUCUGAGCCCUAUGUGUGUGACAACUAAUAGAACCAUCUCUUGGUAGAGCUUCUCUUAUCAACUUGAUGGUGACUUUUAUCGGAUGUUGCUGAAUUGCGCAGCGCAGGUCGCUCGAGAGUUCUCAGCAGUGUAAUUCAAGUAGAAGAAGAACUGGCAAUUCCAUGAACGCAAUCCGAUAGGGCUCUCCUCAAUCCGCGCAAAAUUCCGUCCACGCCGUCCUCCUGUCGUCGUCCAUCGACCGUUACCUGGCGAUGAGAUCAUGAGGGAAGUGGACUCAUCCGAGACAUCAGUAGUAUGGCCAGCUUGGUGCUAUUCAGGCGAAACAACAGUUAAUGAAGAUUUACCACAAGCAACUUCUGCGGCGGCCGUUGCUCAGCUGAACCUGAACCUGAACCCAGGCCAUCGGACUUCCCACCAUCAGCAGCACCAACAAUCGUCAUCAAAUCAAUCACAGUCGUCAUCGGCGUCCUCAUCGCCAUCGUCGGUUCACCAUCAUCAGCAACAUCAGGCUGCCAGUUUGGCCGUUUCGAGUCGCAAGUUGUCGUCAAGUCGUAGCAAGAGAAAAUCAAUCACACCAUCAACAUCUCCAUCGGCAGCAGCCGCCAACACGACGACGUCGACCUCGUCACCUCCACCUUCAUCGGCCUUGUCGGCGGCGGCGGCGUUGAGUGUGAGUUCUGUGGCAGCUCUGGCAGCAGCAGCCGCGGCAGCCUUCCAAGCGUCACCCGGCAGACAUUCGACACCUCCGGGUUAUCAUCAUCCGGAACGCAACGGGAACGGUCUCGGUCGAGGGUCUCCCUUGUCGGCUCCAACGACACCAACCUCGAAUGACCCGGACCCGAACAACUACCACCAGCACCACACAUCGCUAGGCGUGAACUUUAACAACAACAACAUUAGCAGCCAAGUGGCCGCUCUACAAUCGGUGGGAAAGAUGCUUAGUGAAAGGAUCUACGACCGGAAGAAGUAUCUCAACUCGCCGACCGGUUCAGUUGCGGCUUCAUUCUAUGAAAAGUUUCGCAACGGGGCAGCGGCAGCCGCAGCAGCUGCGGCGGCAGCUUCGGCCGGGGAAGUUGACCUCGGUCAGUUGAACCUCAUCAAACGGGGACAAUCGCCGCUAACCGGAAGUGAGCUGGUGAUUAGUGCAAUCAAUAGUAGUGGUAAUAGUGUGAGUGUAAGUGGGAGCAAUAGUGUUAAUAAUGGUCCGAACGGGCUACUAGUAGCGGUGGCCAAUGGCAACUGUGUUGAUGGAUCAAGCGGUGGACAACACAAUAGUUUGAACAACAACCAAAACAACAGUAGUAAUAAUAACAGCAUCAGCAGCAGUAGCAUCGGCAGCACCAACAAUAGCAAUAACAAUAGUAUUAAGAGCGAGCGGAUGAGCCCGAGUAACAACGAUGUGCAAUCAACGGCUUCUAGAUCACGGAGUGUGACCCCGUCGUCAUUUUCCGGAACGCCACCGCAAACAAUGCACUCGGCCGAUGUGGCAUUUCCGAGCAGUAUUCCUAGCAGCGGGUUACUUCCGUCCCCGAAUUCGGCCCUUGGCAUGGCCACUGCUGCUGCUGCUGCUGGUGGAACGCUCAUUCCCGGGCGACCCGAAUUUCAGGCCCGAAACUAUUCCGACUUUAUGCGAAGUCUGGCGGCCAAAUACAAUAAUAAUAACAUCAGUAGCAGCAGUAACAUCAACAACAAUAAUAAUGGCAGUAGCGAUCAAUCGAGCGUGAAGAAUCCAUUUCUAGAGCCAAAAAUGCGAAUAAAUCAACCAAAAUCGUUUAUAGAAAACUCGCUUGCAGCCGUUGGCAGUAAGAAAGGCAGUCCAAUUACCUCCGCUCAAGUACCUAAUCCAAGUAUUAUGUCUUCGUUAUUUCCGGGUCUCCCGUUUCAGCCGGCGGUUUUCCCGCCGCUGAUCGACAUGAGCAGCACGCAGGCCCUCGUUGCGUUGGCUCGCGCCGCCAAAGAAUCUGGAAUCCAAAAUCUCCUGAAACCGGAAGACGGUGGCCUUAAGAAGCCUUCGGCCGGCUCUCGGAGCUCAUCACCUCCCCUCGGUGGCAGUCACUUUCCGUCGCCUUUCCCUUCCCGGUAUCUACCGGGGCUGCUACCAAAUCACCUGACAAAUCCCGGUGGCAGCUACCCGGCUGGGCCGGUUUCCGGUUCUACUACUACUGCCGUACCUGCGAUCUCACCCCUCAAAUCCCCGAACCGGUCCUCGUUGGAGGGCAUUUCGUCAACAUUCCCCCUGGACCUCAGUGCGGCCCCUUCGUCCGCCAAAAGGAUAAAACUGUCGCCGAAUCCAUCGCAUCGGAACCAGCAAAGUUCCCCGGCGCCCAGCAGCAGCAGCCCACCCUCGGCGGAAGAUCUCAAACUGGCCCGGAAGUGCCACGCCCGAAUCGAAGAAAUCAGCGCCUGGACCGUGGACAAUGUGUGUGACUUUGUCGCCAGCAUCGACAUCUGCGCCGAGUAUGUUCAGAACUUUCGUGAUCAGAGUAUCGAUGGCGCAGGACUCCCGCUGCUAACGGAGGAACAUCUAACCACAGCCCUGGGUAUGAAAUUGGGUCCAGCCUUGAAGUUGAAAUCGGUGCUCGCCAAACGCCUAGGUGGUCCCUGUCCAUGUGCCCUCUGCUCCACGCCACCGGUGCCGACCUCUUCGUCCUCUUCCUCCACGGGAGGUGGCAGUGGCAGCAGAUCCUCCGGCAGUACAACCAGUGGCAGCAGCAGCAAAGGAGACUCCACCCCCACCAAUCGGCCGCCCAGCAAUGGGUCCGGUAGUGGUUGAACAAGGGUGGUAGCCUCCCCCAGUAGUAGCAAUAGUCUAUCUAUGUAUGUUAAGACCAUUUUUUGAGUUGAGUUUUGAGCAGCAAACGCAAAACCAGACCAGUGAUUGAUUUCCAAUAAAAUUACAAAAACCCUACUCCUGAACAACGACAGGCUGUCGUUGGUUGGGUGAAUGCAAAGCGAAAAAAAGAGUGAAUGGGCCCCGUGAACUGGAAAUUGUGAGAGGGCGGUGCAGCCUUUCACCUGAAGGGAGAAGGAAACGAAACAGAAGCAUACGUACUUAACAAUUUAAUAAUUUAUCUUUGCUAAAAUUUAUUUUUUUUCCCUAUAGAGUUGACGAAAUUGAACAGCAAGUUUAAUGACAUCCGUUUAAAACACCUAAUUGCUUUUUGGUUUUUUCCCAAAAAAUCUAAUUAAUCAUGAUAAGAAUUUUUUUCACAACUUGUUUACCACCUGAGUACAUAAAAAGAAUGCAACUUUGGACAUGAACGAACUUAACAUGACAAUUGAUUAAUCAUGCCGGAUCAAUUUUCAUUUUCAAGCUUAAGGAUUUUAAUUGAAAAAUUUGAUUUUUUUUUCGAAAAUUUAAACAACUGGAAGAGAGAAAGUAAAACUGUAAAGAAUGGGAAAUGUAUCACCAUUUGUAUUCGAGAUUUUCAAAUUUUCGAUCUAAGAUUACUCGAUUUUUCCAUGUCGUGCGGUGCGACGUAGGUUGUAUGCAAGUGUGUUGCAAGCAAGCUGUUGUCCAUUUUUUUCCAUUUUAUUGAAAAUUUGGAUAAUUUUUUAUUAUCCUUCCCUCGUGAUGUUUCAACUCCCAGUGACAAAAGAAGACAAAAAAAUUUCAAAUUUGUUCCGGCCUAAUGAGAUUAAAAUCAUCUGCAUAAAAUGAAGAUAGAUUGACAUUUAUUCACAUUUAUUUAUUGCCCGGUUUUAUCCGGAUUUCUUCACUUCAUUUGCCAAAACAAAAAAACAAAUAGUGUUGUAAAAUUUUCAUUUCUGCGUCCAAAACGAAAUUUUUUGAGCAAGUUUUAUAAAAAUCAUGAAAAGUUUUUUUUUUUGUAACUUCUUUAUUUGAAACGGCUCGUAAUGAAAAGUUUUUUGAAAGCCUAAAAUACUAUUUAGAAACGGCUGAUGAAAAACAAAAAUAUUUGCUCAAGUUUUUUUUCCUUAAUAAAGGUUGAGUAAUUACCGGGAUUUGACAAAAUUUUCUCGGAUAUUGUCCGGAUUUUUGGUCGAAAUUUUGGAAUCAAAUGCCCGGAUUUUGCACGGGUUUUUAGAUAAAAAAGCCUGGACAAU